AUGACCUCCACCGAUGCUUCCUCCGUGCCCUCGGUGGCCCAGGAUGACCGGACUCCUUCCGUGUCCGGCCCCCGCACGGAGAGGUCUGAGAGCGUCACCAAAUCGCUCUUCUUUCGCGGCAGUCGCAUUCUCCGCCGACAGGGAAGCAAGUUCAACAUCGCUGCUACGCUGGACGAGGUCGAUGAAGGUGAACGGGAAAAGCCCCGCUUCGAGGUCUCGGAUAUUUUUGGCCGUCACCGCUCCCGCCAGAGUGACACGAAUGAUCAAUUGAAGCGCCUCAUCUCCGAUCCAUUUGACUUUCACCAUCUCACCCAUACCAGCCCUUCCCAAUUCCAGUCUUUAGAUAGGACCAGGGAAAAUGACCUCGUCACCGAGUUCUCCGCCAUCCGUGCCUCGCAGAGGCCAGUCACCGGUCUCAAGGGCAUCCGCGCCGAAGACAUUCACUUCCGCGACUUUUCAUCCGAGGACCUAACCUACAAUGGCACGGCCACUUCCAGUGAGGAGCAGGUCUCUGUCGCCACGACCAGUCCACCCGCAUCGCCCUCAUCCCCCGUGAGCCCCAAGCAAACAGAUCUCCGGGCCCGGCGGGAGUCGCGUGUCUGCGAGAAUUUCUCUCGUCCAGGCUCGAGAUUCUCCCGGGCGGGUGCCACCACUCCGCCGUCCACCUCCCCCAAACUGGGGUCUUCGCCGGAUACAUCCGAGCCUGCCCCGCGGGCCAUUGAUGAAAUCCUCGGCCUGUCCUCGCGGCCAACCUACCCGGAGCACGUCUAUUCCAAUGGGAGCACUUCCCUGCCGCAAGUCAACCUGGAGGGGAUGUUUCAGUCCGCCGUCGAUCAUCCAUUCAUCGCGGGUCCUGAUAUGGGGGCCAAUGCAAGGGCGUCGGCGUCUCUGACCAGCCUCCCAUUGGAUCUGGAGGAUGUCCCCGAGGAAGAGGAGGUUACCCAUUGGCACGAUAGCCCUGAGCCCAACCCCGAAUAUUCCGCCUCCCGUGCGUCGUCCCGCAUGAGCGAGCCCCCUACCGCCGGUCCAAAGUCCAUCUGCAUUUCGGAAGAGUUGUCCAAGAAGUUUUCUGAGGCGCUUGCAUCUCCCACCCUGCCUCAAUACCGCCUUUCCCAGGAGGAAACCCCCGCAGAGCCGGUGGAACAAAACAACCGGAGACAAUCCAACAAGAGUGCCACCUUUGAGACCAUCUAUGAAUCAUGGGAUGCAGACAUCGACUACUGCUACGAGCAUGCGGCCGAGUCCACCUCCAACUUUGACUGGUCCCGCAAUUCUCUCGAUGAGCCUCGAUGCGAACCCCAGCAGGAGGCCAAUGGGAACCGGUUACUCCACCCAAUCCAUCUCAGCACAUCGGCUCUGCCAACUCCGGAUCUCGACCCCAGUCCGUCACGCUCCCUGCCCAGUGCGCAUGCAGCUGUCACUCCUUCGACAUCUGGAUAUGAGGGGGAAUUGGUCGCUCAUGCUGAGGGUGAUUACUUCCAACCAGUCAGUUCCUCUAUCUUUCCGUCGGCUUUGGGGAAGCAGCUAGCGCAGGACACGUUCUACGACGAGUAUCUAGCGGCUGAUGUAGAAUCAGAACGACAUUUCUCCUUUUGCUCCCAGGGAGUCAUCCCGCAACCAAUGAACCAACCGGUCUCUCCUCGGAGCAGCCUCUCCCCCAUCAGCAAAUGCAACUCUCAGGAGAGUUUGAUUUUGUCCCGUGCUGCAUCGAUCGUCCGCAAGCACCGGUCUUCGAUCUCGACCACCAGUGUCCCCGAACUGGUGCAUAGCCUGGCGAGCAGCCGAGAGCAAAUGCCUUCCUCCGAGUCCCUGGCCAUGACUGGCCAUCCAGACUCGUUUUCCCACCACCGCCAGACCAAGAGUCUUGAGAUGCAGGUUUUGCUUCGAACUGGCAGCAGUGGCAGCUUUGAUUCUGCGGACGUGGCGCCAUUGGCCUCCCCAUCUCUUCACGACCGGGCCAAAUCUACCUCUGACUUCGAGGCCCCUCUUCCCGCUCGCGCCACCAAGGCCGAUGCCCCUGCUCCUAAGGGUCAUGGAGGCCGGAAGAAGUCAAGGACAGCAUCUUACUCCUUGUUCCCUUCUACGACUCCGGCCAAUUAG